UUCAUGGUGUUUUGAGUUUUGAUCAAUGAGACUAGCCAUGUCUACUCCUUCCAAGAGCAUAAUCUGUUCAAGUGAAGAUGAUUAUGAACUUAGAAGAGGGCCAUGGAGUGUUGAAGAGGAUUAUCUUCUCACCCAUUACAUUGCCAAUCAUGGUGAAGGGAGAUGGAAUUUGCUUGCUAUACGUUCAGGACUAAGGAGAACAGGUAAGAGUUGCAGAUUGAGAUGGCUCAAUUAUCUAAAGCCAAAUGUUAAGAGAGGAAAUUUAACCUCGGAAGAGCAGCUUUUGAUUUUUGAACUACACUCAAAGUGGGGCAACAGGUGGUCAAAAAUUGCGCAACAGCUGCCAGGCAGAACAGACAAUGAAAUCAAGAACUAUUGGAGAACAAGGAUUCAGAAACAAGCAAUAUAUGCGAAAUUUGAGGAUCACAGAAGAGCAGGAUUUGUAGAAUUUGUCAAGGGUCUACAGAUGACAAGAUGUCUUCAUAAAUCACAAGAAUCAUCUCCUUCGGCCAUGUCAACCCAAGACCAAGCAAUUCCUUUACCUUUUGAUGGUGUUACUGUUCCUCAUUAUUCAUCAUUUGGGAUUGGGACAACACCAACAAUACAAAUCACUUGCCAUGGAGAUCUCAAUCAUUUGAAUCAGCAUGAGCAGAACUCAGACUCUGAACACCACAAUAGUUCAUGCAUUUCCUCUUCAGAAUCAGCAAAUAUCCCAAAUAUGAGUCAGCCUUUUGGAUACACUACUAGUCAAUUUCAGGCCUUAGAUAACUGUGACUUUGGCAUGUGUUUAUAUGAUGGCUAUAGCAUAGAUAACAAUUCCUAUGACAGGGAUGCCUUGAACCUGACAACCACAAUGGUUGCUGGGAAUCUGGAACUCCCAGUGUUUGAUUGCCAAACAUUAGAAACCAAUAGGCUAAACAAGGAAUUUGCAAGUAGCACAUGGAGCAUGGAUGAAUUAUGACAAUUUAGGAACAUACAAAGAUUAUCAUUUAGAUUCUAGAGUAUCUUUUUAGAACCACUCACUAUCUCUUUUAUAAUAUGUAGUGCUUGUCAUUAGAUAAUCGAUUAUUCAAUAGCUUAGCUAUAAAUAUAAAUGUAAAGACUAAAGAGUAGUUGUUUUAUAAU